AUGAAUGGCUUGAUGAAGAAACUUAAUGAAUCACCAGAAGAACUAUCACCAUCGAAGAGAAAGAACGAUUCAUUAAAUUUGAAAUCUAUUUGUGCGAGUCUCUACAGUAUGGACAUAAAUGAUGAAAUAAGUGAUUGUCCAACAAAAAUUACUAAUCCACCCCCAGCACCAUCAAGUUUCAUAUCCAGAGUUAACUUAUUUAAUAAAUUUCGUCAGCCUUCGAAUCAACAUCAACACGAAUACUUUCCAAUUAAAAUCCUUACAUGUGCAUUGAACAAAGUUGUCGUACAUUCUCAAAUCGACUUGCAAAACUACUUGAAAGUGAAAGCAUACAAGAUCAACAUUCAUAUGAGAAAAUUCUUGCGAGAUAUGAGAUUUCCGAGGGAUUUUGAAUUUAAGGAAGUUCAUGCUCGUUAUAGUUUAAUUCUCGUUUGGUACCUGAAAAAGAACAAUAUCUUGGUGAAAUGCAUUCGAAGUUUUAAGCCACUUAUCGAGAAAGUUUACUUUCUAGCUGAAUUUGCUGCUACUGAAACGAAUAGCUUUGAAUCAAGUAAAGACAUCAUUAAAAAGCAAGCACAAAUAUUUAAUCCUGAAGUGGUUGACACUGAAACUGCAUGUGUGGAUGCAUGGAAUGGACCUGAUAUUGUUAAAUGCUCAUGUUCAUUUGAUGAAAAUUUGACAAGCUCAAAGCAUCGACGUGAGAUGAGGAAAUGUCUGAGGUGUACCGGUUGGAGCGACGGAGGAUCAACGCGGAGAGGGGGACGAGGAUGGAGGGGUAGUCGGAUACGAGUAGCAGAAAAUAUAAGUUGA